AUGACAACCUCUCCUUCGUCCGAAACAUCGUCGGUCAUAGAAGUUCCACCGACCCCAAAGGAAAGGUUUAAUUUCGACUUCCGCUUUGAUUUUGAGACCGGUUUCCGAACAACAGGUUCUGACUUGUUGGUCAGUCCAUCAAUGCAAACCGUGAUAGCUGGGUAUAUAGAGAGCUCACCUUGCUCAACAGCUCCAUCUGUAUCUUCAUCGUCCGCACCAACCCGCCGGGCUUUGCGCCGACUUGCAAACGAAGAGCUCAUACUAGCACGGAACGUAGUAGAAACCCUUCGAAUUUCAACACUUCCACCCCGAUAG